AUGAUGGUGAAGUUGAAAAUUGAUGAAUUGCGCGGGCGAUAUGUUUUACAGUAUCAUGCGGAAAGAAUGGCUGCUAAUAAAGAUAAAAACACACAUCAGCAACAAUAUUUCGCCACUGAAUCGAUUCACGUUUUAAGCAUUCUCUCAUUUCAUUUCAUUUCAUAUUACAUACGACCAAAAUUAUAUGUUUCAAUUUUUACUGGAGUUUUGUUAAAGUAUUGUCUUCGUGUCAUCUCUGCGAUUCAAAAAUCUGCCGAUGGACGCCAAUCAGACGAUAAUGAGCAGAAUCAGAAGAUGGGAUACGGUAAGUUGAAUAACUUGAGAUCGGAAACAGAUAUUGAGGUCGGAUUUUCAGCAUUGUAUGGCCAAGACCGAGCCACGUAA